AUGUCUGCCAAGAAUGAGUAUCUCUGCAUCCUCCCGGACAAGCCAGACGCGCUAGCCAGAAGGCUGGAGGUGCGUGCACAGCAUUUGGAAAAUAUCACUCCUCUUGUCGAGUCCGGAAAGGUGGUUCUAGGUGGAGCCAUGCUCGACCAGCACCCGAGGCCAGGCGACUCCGUCUCCUUCAAGGGUAGUGUGUUGAUGUAUGUGGCAGAGAGCAAAGAGGAGGUCCUGGAAUUGGUGAAGAACGACAUCUAUACGAAGUCUGAUGUAUGGGAUCUAGAUAAGGCGCAAAUUAUUCCGUUCAAGUCUGCUGCUCGGGUGGCUUUGUAG